CACAUGUUCAUUUAUAUAUUUUCUGUUCAUAGUCUAUCCAUUGUGUACUGGCAUGUUGAGCGUCAUAGUCUUCCUCACAUAGAAGAAAAGCACGUCCUCAUCACAGGCUGUGAUAGUGGCUUUGGAAAUUUGAUUGCAAGGCAACUUGACAAACGAGGGUUUUAUGUCAUUGCUGCAUGUCUGACAGAAAAAGGAGCCCAGGAGCUGAAGGCUACUACCUCUGCUAAACUGAAGACUGUCUCACUGAAUGUAACAGAUUCUGACAGCAUUGCUCAAACGUUUGAGUUUGUUGAAAAAGAAGUUGGUAGCAAAGGUCUCUGGGGACUGGUGAAUAAUGCUGGCAGAGCUACACCAAUUGGGCCAACUGACUGGAUGCAGAUGGACGAUUUUCAUAAAGUUCUAAAUGUUAACCUUAUAGGACUAAUUGAAGUCACUCUAAAAUUUCUACCACUUCUGAAAAUUAACAAAGGAAGAGUAGUAAAUGUUGCAAGUGUCAUGGGUCGACUAGCAUUUGGUGGAGGUGGAUAUUGCUUGUCAAAAUGGGGAGUGGAGUCUUUCUCUGAUAGUCUGAGGAGAGAUGUACAGUUCUUUGGAGUAAACGUAAGUAUUGUUGAACCUGGCUUCUUUAAGACAGGUGUUACCAACAUAGAAAUUAUUGAGAAAGAUUUAAAACGACUGUGGGACAAAUUACCUCCUUCUGUGAAAGAUGACUAUGGGCCUAAGUACUUAGAUAAAUAUAUGAAAGUUCAGAGACUGUCAAUGAAUACAUUUUGUGAUUCUGACAUUUCUAAAGUCACAAAAUGCAUGGAGCAUGCCUUGAUGGCAAGAUUCCCACGGACCCGUUAUUCUGCUGGUUGGGAUGCAAAGUUCUUCUGGAUUCCUUUAUCAUAUGCUCCAGCGUUUGUAGCAGAUGUGAUGCUUCGUUUACUGCUGCCUUCCCCAGAUGGCAACAAAAAAGCAUCAGUGUCCAGAAAUCAAGUUGAUGUAUAAUACAGAAGAGUGGAAAUCCUAACUAAGGCAUAGAUCUGACGCUAGAUACAUUUUGGUGAAAAUGCAUUUUGAUAUAAGUCAUUUUUUUUUGUCUUGAAACCUACUUUAAAAGUAAUCAUGGACUCUGGACUUAAAACAGAUAUUCUAGAUCUGCUAAAUGAAAGCAGUAAUGUUUAUUACUCUUUAAAGGGGUUGAGAAUGGUCAUACCUUUGGUAUUAAUUGAAUAUUUCUUAUAGUGUUUUAUUAUGAAUUGCAGAGCCGUGAAAUAAAGCUACCUAAUGUGCUCAUACUUUGCAAGAGUAACUUAUAACAUUGGAGAUAUGUGACAAUGGUCUUUUUAUUAUUUGUUUAUUUCUUUAAAAUAUGUGACACAUUUCACCUUUUCAUUUCAUUUCACAUAUUAAAAGAAAUGUUGA